AAAUUCCUAAAGGGCAAUUUACAAAAUACGUACAGGAACUCGGACCAAUUUAAUAUUUGAUGGAGAAGAAGAAGAAAACUACUGGUGAUUGGGCGUUUCAGAAAAAAAAGAUUUGUAUACAAUUUCAGUUUACAAUGUUUACAUCUCACAAUGGAGUGGAUAUGGUUUGAGUUUGAAUAAACGGUGCUCUGAAGCAGAACGAAAUAUGGAAACGAGUCAGUAUUCUCUUAAGUAUCAACAACUUCUGCGGGACCUAAAAAGUACAGUUGAAGGAUUAUUAGUCACACAAGUAGCAAAUGUUUGGUCAAUAUAUGGGGGCCUCAACAGACUGCACAACACAGUAGAAAAGAUAUUUACACAUGGCUGUAAAAGUUCUGUGGAAGAACCAGGUUUUUUCAAUUUUAUCCAUGGUCUCGAAUGGUUGCAACCUGAGAAUGCAAAAUCUUAUUUUUCAAUCGACUGUGAAUAUAGACCUCAUAUACCCUCACAUCUUAAAGAUAAUAAGUCAUCAAUUUGGUUAUAUAGGAGCUUAGAAAAUCAUUCUUUGUCACAAAAACUGUCUUGGCUUCUCUCUGAUAAAUCUCAUGUAUCCGACUGUUAUCAGUUGUAUGCCUUUCUUUGCCAAGAACAGUAUGCCGAAGCUACCCUUAUAUGCUUGAGAGCUGUGGAACGAAAUCAACCUAGUCUUAUGUCUGAAAUAAAUCCUUGUUUAUUUUUAUUCAAAACUAAUGCUAAAGAAUUUCACAAGGCACACAGAAGGUGUUCUUCUUUUCCCGACAACCAUUUUAAAACUGUUUAUGAAGAACGAAUUCGGAAAUGUAAUAGAAGACUACAAGAUAGCACAAAAUUUAAAGCAGGUCUCAAACAGGUGAAUAUUCAAGGGAAAUUAAAACCUUGGCGUAGUAUGCCCUCCUUGCAAAUAGAUAGUUUAAAAGUCAGAGAACAGAUCAAUGCAAAUUGUAGUAAAACAACACCGUCCACACCAGUUCAUACUAAAAAGAUGUCUAAAUUGUCGCCUAGUGCACUUAAAGUUGAUUACAGUUCGUUACAAACCAAACAUCGUAAAACUAACCUGAAAAAGAAUUGUACUUGGAAACCCCAAGAAGUGAAAAAACAUGUUUUGAUAAAUAACUGUAAUAUAGUGGAGCAUACUCCUCCAUUAAGCAGUUCUCAAAGCAGCGGCACGGUACCUAAUGACGACUUAACUUAUUCCACCAGGUCCAUGCCAGAAACUAGAAAUAAAAGUAACCUAGCUCAUUCACCUUUAUCUGUGGUAGAUUCAUUUCUGCCAAUGCCUGGAGAAAAAGAUUAUAAAAAGUUACCUAAAAAGACGUUCAUUGAAGAUGGAGGUAUGAGUGUUCUUCCAAUGGCAACAGGAUAUUUCCCCAAACCUACGAAAGGUCAGAGUCUCCUCUCAUUUUUAACUUCCAGUCAGUUCGCUAGAGCAAAUGCUGAGUUAGAUAGAGAAAAUGCGCACUUCAAUAUAUCCGAGGCGAUUAUUUCUGCAAUGGAACAAAUUAGGUGCAAACGAGAAUCAAAAUUGAUUGAUGAGCAGUUAGAUGACAGCGAUCCUGAAAUUAUGGAUCUUAAACAGAGGAUACGAUUAAGACGGAGGCAGAAGGAAGUUGAAAAGCAUAGAAAGGUUUGGACUGCAACGAUGUUGAAUGAGGCAAAAACAGAUACCACUACUAGUGUUAGCCCAUGUUCUACAACUCCAGACUCCAUGUCUGAUUGUGCCAGCUCUGAUGAUGUGGAGAACUUGGAGAUAGAUCAAGUCACGAAUUUACAAGAGAAUACCGGAUUAUCCAUGUCAAUGGCGUCACUUUAUUCCGAAUCCGAUAUUAUGAAACGACCUAGAGGCGCUCCAGAUGGCGCCUCAGACAUAUUGUCAGCGGAAAGUGUGGCACUAUCGUUGAUAAGCAAAUUUAGUGAAAAACAAUUACCACGGGCAUCCGAUUUGGAAUGGUUAGUUUCGGAGGAAGAUGCUCCACAAGCUCUCUUACCUCUUCCCAAGAGUUGGCCAGUCAGUCCUGACGAUUCUGAUGAGGCAGUGACACCUCUUCGUGGUACUCAGGAAUGGGCACCACCUAGACCUCAAAUUAUUUUUACAUUGCACCCACAACCAUCAAGAAAAGCUUUGAUGGCAAAACAGAAUUACCGAUGUGCAGGGUGCAGCAUGAGGGUCGCUCCUCAAUAUGCCUCAAAAUUUAGAUAUUGCGAAUACUUAGGUAGAUAUUUUUGCACAGGGUGCCACACCAACCAGCUGGCUCUAAUACCUGGACGAGUUUUGCAGAAGUGGGAUUUCGUAAGAUAUCCUGUAUCGACAUUUUCAUAUCGUUUAUUGGAACAGAUGUACACGGAUCCAUUGUUUAGAGUUUUUGAACUUAACAAAAAUAUAGGAAAGUUGUCCAAAAACCUCUUAUUUUGUAGGAGAUUUAGAUUAGGAUUGUAUUAUCUCAAAGAUUUUAUAUUUACUUGUAAAUAUGCAGAAACGAUUCAAGAGAGAUUGGAGCAGGAAACGCCGCACCUUUAUUCCGAUCCGGAGGUGUUUUCGUUAGAAGACUUAGUCAAUAUUCGUACAGGAGAAAUGAAAUCUAGACUGAAAAUCCUGGUGGAGAUUUGCUGCAGGCAUACGUCUGAAUGCAAGCUUUGUUUAGCACGGGGAUUUAUCUGUGAAAUAUGUAACGCCGACGAAGUUAUAUUCCCUUGGCAGAUGCGAAAGGUCGUAAGGUGUGAGAAGUGUGGUAGUUGUUAUCAUUCCGCAUGUUGGAAGCCCGCAGAAAACCCUUGUAAAAAAUGUCUAAGGGUUAAAAAGCGCAAGGAAAGUAUUGAUAACCUGCCGAAUGUAACUUAAUUGCUUAUAAUUUAUGUUUACUUUACAUAGUAACAAAGACUAAUAUAUGAAUAUUGAGAUUAUGUAAAUUAUACACACAAUUAUUUUUUUAACAGAUUUAAUUUAUUACCUCUUUUAUUUAUCCAGUUUAAUAAACGUUGCUGU